GACGCUACUUCCGCCCGGCUCAUCGCCUUUCCCAAAGCUGGAGAACAACAGUGAUAUUACUGUCAGUUGACUCGAGACGGGUGAAGUUUCUCUUCGUCAAAGAUGUCUAAACCCAAGUUAAUAGUGUUCGAUCUCGAUUACACCCUCUGGCCUUUUUGGGUGGAUACACACGUCUGUCCGCCCUUUCACAAAGAUGACAGUGGCACUGUACGAGAUUCAACCCGGUCCAAAGUUUCCAUAUUCCAGGAUACUGAAAAGAUCCUGAGCUCACUCCACAGUCAGGGGUUCAAGAUUGGCAUUGCAUCACGCACCAGCGAAGUGGAGGGAGCCAAUCAACUACUGUCACUUUAUAAUCUCAACCAAUACAUUUCCUUCAAAGAGAUCUACCCCGGGUCAAAGGUCACUCACUUUAAAAGGCUUAAAGCUGACAGUGGAGUCCAGUUUUCUGACAUGAUGUUUUUUGAUGAUGAGGACAGGAACAUUGUGGAGGUUGGAGGUCUAGGUGUUCACUGUGUGUUGGUUCAUAAUGCCAUCACCUCUAAAUUAGUCCAAAGUGAACUCAUAAAGUUCAGCAGAAAGCAAUGACGUCCAUCUGUUGCCCUGGAGAAAGAAUAUAUUUAUUCAGAGUUCACUUGUUUUUAUCUGGUUUUAUGGUUGUAAGUAGGGAUGCAACGAUAUGUACAUUUUGGCGGAUAACGAUAACCGAUCAUUCUGGAAGCCAAUAACAUAAAUAUGGCCUGUAUAUGGUAUCUAAAUAUUAAUAUACAAUUCCCACGACUGAAGCAAAAGGCAAAAUUGGACAUUUUAAACAUUCACUGUAGAAAACAAGGUCACCAUUAGUUCUUUUGUCCCCCUGAAAAUCAUGUACCAAGACUACUUUACACUAGUCAACGAUUUUUUAACCUUCAAACUUUUCUGGGAUAUUUUUUAUUUAAUAAACAAAUUAUAGAUGUUCUUCUAGAGCAAGAAAAUGUUCUUACCAGCCACAAACAGGUCUUAAGACUGAAAGCAUUCAGACAGCAAUCUGAUUCAAACAAAAUGCUUGUGUUUGUAUAAUUUACACAUUCGUUAAUAUCGACAUACUGUACCUACAUCAGCAAUGUUUUGCUGAUAGCUAUAGGUGAAUGAUCAUGACAGAAAGACAGUACUGUUGUGUAUUUUAAGUGUUAGCAGUGUGCAGCUGAAGAAGUUUAACCAGAGGAAAUUAUUUAUCCGCUAUAAUGUAUCGGCCUAAAUAUCAUCAUAAAUCAAUACCAAUAUGAAUGAUUAUUUAUCGUGCAUCCCAGUAACUUUUAACUGUACGUUAUCAGUGUGUUUAAAUGAUUAAUAUAUUUGACUUUUAUAAAUUAUACUACACAGAGAAUAUAUGGAAAAUAAAUGGAUUUUAUACAUGU